AUGUUAUACUGUCUCUGGAAGAUUGGGUUUUACGGAGAAGAAGACGACGAGGACCUGGUUUUGUUGGUAUUCCAGGCAUAUCUCAACGUGACACGGUUGCUUCAGAGGGAGUACAUGCUAGAACCGGCGGGAAGCCAUGGAGUGUGGGGGUUGGACGACUAUUCGUUCCUUCCGUUUCUAUGGGGUAGCUCGCAGCUGGAAGACUCCAAGAGAAUCCCACCAUCCGUGAUCUCAGAUGACGCGAUGUUGGCCGAGCACAGGGAAGAGUAUUUGUACUGGGAUGCCAUUGUGCUCAUCAAAGGAAAGGACGCUAGAGUAGAGCAGGCAGCAGACGACGAGGAUGGAGAGCGUGCGGCGCACGAUGGCGCGUCGCAGCUUAGUGAAACAUCGAGGUCGAGGCCGCACGCAUGUCCCACGGCGACGCACGCUGGUGCCAAGCCUGCGUCCAGCGUAGUAGCCUCGUGCAGAAACCGGCGCGCGACCUCGGUCUUGCCGCACGCGAAGUAG